AUGCAGGGCAAGCCUUGGCAGGUUGCCCCACCCCCUCGUGCCGACGCGCACGGCUUCCCCCGCGAGCAAGGCAGCGCGCUGGGCGUACCCAUGGAGUCAGCCAAGGAACUUCACUUGCCCACGCCAGGCACCGACACCCAUGAUCCUCACGCGCAAUCCCAAGCCUUUCGAUUUCCGUAUGACACAGCGUACAGCAUUCAGCUGGAUCUGAUGCAAGCCUUGUUUCGCGCGAUAGAGGAGCGCCAUGUAGGGGUAUUUGAAAGUCCUACAGGCACGGGCAAAACGCUGAGUCUGCUAUGUAGUACUCUCACCUGGCUUGAUAGGCACCGACAACGAGCCACGCUGGGCUUGCGUGCUAACACAGACACGUCAGACGAGCCAGACUGGGUCUUGGCGCAUGAAGAGGCGAAACAGCGGCAGGCACUCGAGGCACAAGAAGCGGCACUGCGUGAACGAUUGGCCGCCGUCCGUGCGCACAACGCGCAGCGGCAACGCAGCACAACAGGGCCGACGGCCCCCAAACGAGCGCGUAUGGACGAUGGCGUGGAGGACGACGAUGCGUUCCUGGUACCCGUGUACGACGAGCAGGCACCGACGCCGACUAGCGAGCCACGAAACGCCACGGAGGCCUUCCUCACGCCCGAAGUACGUGCGAUGAUGGAAGCGUAUGAAUCUAGCAUGGCCUCUUCGAAGGAGGAGGACGUGCCGGAAACCAAGCCCAAGGUGCUGUAUGCAAGUCGUACGCACAGCCAAAUUGCCCAAUUUGUACAUGAGCUUCGACGCACAGAGUUUGGGCGUAGGAAGGAGCCUGUUCGCUGCAUUAGUGUUGGGAGUCGGCAGCAUAUGUGCAUUCAUGCGGGCGUGCGUCGCGUGGGCGACAUGUUUGGGAUCGACGCGAUGAAUGAGCGGUGCAUGGAAUUGAUGGAGUCGAAGCAAGGCGGACGAUGUGGAUUCCUGCCUACGAACGAUGCAGCAGGACGCGCGCGGUGGACGACGUACAGUGAUCAUGCCUUGGCCUACGUCCAAGACAUGGAAGAGCUGGUGCAGCUGGGGAAACAGCAGCACAUCUGUCCGUAUUUUGGCGCACGGACAAGUGCGAGGCAGGCAGAUAUCGUAACGAUGCCGUACCACCUUGUCCUCCAACGCGACGCAAGAGAGUCGCUACCUCUUACGUUGGACGACAAUAUUGUGGUGCUGGACGAGGCACACAACGUGAUCGAUACCAUCCUGUCCACCUAUUCUACACACCUAGAUGAGGACGCGAUCGAGCAGGCCAAGUCGCAUGUCGAAAUGUAUCUGCAACGCUUCUCCAUGCGCCUCAAAGGCGUGAAUGAAGAGCAUGUGCGCACCCUGCAAGUGUUUGUACGUGCCUUGCAGGCCUUUUGUCAGAAGCAGACGCGCCCGUGUCAAGCGUCCAUGACGCCAGCCGGGUUUCUCACGCAGCUGGGAAGCACGGUCGACCAGUUGAAUUUUGUCCGACUGGAGCGCUGGCUCAAAGACACACGGAUCGCCAAACGAAUGAGUGGCUUUGCGGAGUCCCAAUGGAAGAAAGCGCAUCCGCAUGAUACCAGGCCACCAGGCAGCAAGAUGCAGGCGAUGCAUGCAUUGGAAGCGUUCCUCCUGGCCCUGUGCGCCAAAUCGAUGCAUGGCCGUAUCCUUGUGCGCGCUGCGGCGCAUGGACCUGUACGACUGCAGUACCUCUUGCUGAAUCCUAGCGAUGCGUUCGAACCGCUGCUGGACAAGGCACGCGCCGUCCUCCUGCUGGGCGGCACGAUGGCGCCGAUGUCCGAGUUUCAGCAGUUGCUCUUCCGUGAUAUCCCUCCUGCGCGCCAGACUCUGUUUUCAUGCGGCCACAUUGUGCCAGCCGACCAUAUUCUCGGGGCGAUCGUCGCGACAGGGCCGAAGCAAGGACGAUUUGAGUUUACGCACGAAGGCUGGCGGCGACCUGACAUGCUAGAUGAGCUGGGAGGGGCCCUUAGCAACUACUGCAACAUCGUACCCCAUGGCAUGGUCGUAUUUUUCCCCUCAUACAGUAGCUUGGAGACGACCCUGGCGCGAUGGCGCACCACCGGCGCCCUGGAUCGCUUGGCUACACGAAAGCAACUCUUUUUGGAGCCAAAGCAUGCGAAAGAGGUGGAUCAAGUGCUGCAGGACUACGCCGCGGCCGUGGCUCAUCCGCCCCCCACGUCGCCCAAAGGCGCCCUUUUGCUGGCCGUCGUAGGCGCCAAGCUCUCGGAGGGCAUCAAUUUCCAAGACGACUUGGCACGAUGUGUCGUAAUGGUCGGCCUGCCCUUCCCCAACGCCCAAAGCCCGGAGCUCAUGGAGCGCAUGGCUUUCAUGCGCGCCCAGUCUACGUCCCACGAGGCGGAUGCUGGGCGGGAGUUCUACCUAAACCUGUGUAUGCGCGCUGUGAACCAAUCGAUGGGCCGGGCGAUUCGACACCGGAAUGAUUAUGCUGUCUUUUUACUUCUAGAUGGUCGGUACGCCCGGAACGACAUCCAUGCCCGGCUCCCGGGAUGGAUUCGUGGACAAGUACAUGUGCAGGAGAAAUUUGGCGCCAGCAUUGGAGCGGUCGCCAAAUUUUUCCGCGAAAAGAAAAAUCAUCGCGCUAGCCCCCCUUAA